AUGGCCUCUGUAACUACGCUAACUCAGCAGCUCUCCUCGCUGGACAUAUCAAGAAAACAGGAGCCCGCUGCUGACAUCUCGAAGCUUCUUACUAAAUAUGCUGCGCCUAAUCCACCGACAAAACUCAAACCAUCGGCUUCUAGUUCGAACCUACGAUCCAAAGCGAGUGUAUCUUCGUUGAAGACUCAGAGCCAAAAAUCUGUACAUACAACUGCUUCUCAGUCAAGCUUACAGCCGAAAUCCAAACACACAAAGACUGGUUCGGUUGAUGGGUCAAAAACGAUUGACAUUGGGAGAUAUGACGGAGGAUUAGAGGCAGAUAAUGUAGCCCACGUUUCCGUGGACGAGGCUCCAGACCUUGCUCUUGACUCGAGUAAACUGUCGAACCCUACAGCCACGUGGUCUCUACAUGCCUUUGACAUUGGUCGACCACUGGGCAAAGGACAAUUUGGUCGAGUGUACAUGGUCCGAACGAAAGCGCCACCGCAAUAUAUCCUCGCCUUGAAAACCCUCUACAAAGCCCAGCUUGUCAAGGAUGGCUGUGAACGACAACUUCGGCGCGAAAUCGAGAUACAGAUGAACCUUCGACAUCCAAAUGUUUUACGCCUGUACGGCUACUUCCAUGAUUCACAGCGUGUUUUCCUCAUGCUUGAAUUUGCUGGCCAAGGCGAGAUGUACAGACAGCUGAUUAAGCAAGGUUCAUUUUCACCGCGACGCAGUGCCAAUUAUGUUUACCAGAUGGCCGACGCCUUGUCGUAUCUCCAUUCAAAGCACGUCAUUCAUCGAGACAUAAAACCAGAAAACCUUCUGCUAGGUCUCAAUGGCGAACUGAAGAUAGCCGAUUUCGGUUGGAGUGUGCACGCUCCAGGAAACAGGCGCAUGACUAAGUGUGGUACAUUGGAUUAUCUACCCCCGGAGAUGGUUCUUGAUAAAGAACACGGAAAAUGGGUAGACUUUUGGGCGCUCGGCGUUUUGAUGUAUGAGUUUCUGAACGGGAGUCCACCAUUCGAGGACCUUAAGAGCCGCAAAAACACUAUGAAGCGGAUUGCUACUGCCGAUUACAAGUUUCCCGCGAAUUUCGACGCCGAUGCUAGAGAUCUAAUUAGCAAGUUGUUAAAGUUGGAACCGUCAGAGCGUCUCCCGCUUAACGAAGUCAUGGUGCACCCAUGGGUAGUAAGGAAUAGAGGUUGA